CAGCGACCGCCCCUGACAUCGCCCUUCAAUUGUGUGUGGCGACAAGCAGGCAUGGCGGCGAUGGUGGCCCAUGCAGCAGUGCUUGCGGCCCCAGCAGUGAGCAGCAGCUCCCGCAGCACCCCCAGCAGCGCCAUCCGCUGCAACCUGCGGUGCUUUACCACGGCGGUGCGCGGCCAGGCCCUCCAGCAGCAGCGCAGCCCGGCUCGCGCCCAGCGGGCCGCCGUGCUGGCCCGCGCCACCUUUGCAGCGGACGAAGAGGAGCAGUAUGAGAAGGAGGACAACUUCCAGGAGCGCGUGGUGCAGAUCCGCCGCGUGACCAAGGUGGUCAAGGGCGGCAAGCAGCUGAGCUUCCGUGCCGUGGUGGUGGUGGGCGACGAGAAUGGCACCGUGGGCGUGGGCUGCGACUCUGCGGGGGAGGUGGUCCAGGCGGUGCGCAAGGCGGUGGUGGACGCCAAGCGCAACCUGGUGUCGGUGCCGCUCAACAAGAACAACUCCUUCCCGCACAAGGUCGACGGCAUUUUCGGCGCGGCCAAGGUCAUGCUGCGGCCGGCGGCAGAGGGCACGGGCGUGAUUGCGGGCGGCGCGGUCCGCGUGGUGCUGGAGCUGGCGGGCGUGAAGAACGGCUUUGGCAAGCAGCUGGGCACCGCCAACCCGCUGAACAAUGCGCGGGCGACGCUGGAGGGCAUCAAGUCGAUGCGCACUUUCCAGCAGGUGUCUGACCUGCGCGGCAUCCCUGUGGCCGACCUCAUGGGCCUCCAGGCCUGAGCCCGGCCCAUGGCACGCGCCCGCGGCUUGGGUGGAGGCGACCACACACGGCCCCCGCAAGCCUCGCCGCCAAGCGUGCUGGCACCCGACAGCUCCCUGAGAUGCGGCAACGCACAGCCUGCCGUAGCACCCCGUGUAUAGCACCCCCUCCCCUCCACCUUUGCCCCCACGGCCUGCGCUUCGCCCCGUCGCCUUUUCCGGUCCCCUGCGCAUUACGGGGCAAGCCAGGGCUGACGCUCGUGUUGGGGCAGCUGCGGCCGACCGCUCGCCAUUCUAUUCACUACCUCAGCUGCCACCAACACCUGUUGCGCACAUAGUGUAAUGAACGCAGCCCCUG